GAGAGAACCAAUGAGGUCUAAGGGGUUGUAGAAGAUCCAUAACUAAGAGAGAGGAAAAAGUUGAAGAACGGUGUUGGUCAUCUUCAACAUACUAGGUGAAAGACUCUGGAAUUAUAUGAAGGGGAAAAUCAACGCCGCUGCUCGCAUACUGCUUUUCCAAAAUCAAAGCCGAUGCUCGCAUACCUGCUUGUCAUAUUUCAACCGAGGUUUUCCAAAAUCGAAAACCUAACAGUGCAAUAAUUUCACACCUUCACUCACUGGUUUCCCACGAAGUGAGCAACCGUUGUAAAUCUCUAAGAAAUUCGAUCGUCUUCCUUCCCAAAACUGAAACCCAAAGUUAGACCUAACAGUGCAACCUUUGCGCCUUCACUCACUGGUUUCCCACGAAGUGAGAGCGACCGUUGUAAAUCUCCAAGAAACUCGAUCAUCUUCUUUUCCAAAAGCUGAAACCCAAACUCAGUUUCCCAUGAAGUGAGAGCAACCGUUGUCAAGAACAGAAGAAACUUGAUCAUCUUUCUUCCCAAAAGCUGAAACCCUAAGUCAGGUUCUUUGUGAUUCAUCCGCCGUUGCAAUUUUCCACCUUCGGUAAUCGGCUACCCUUUUGAUUCUCUUUUCCGCCGUUGCAGGAAGGAGCAGCAUUUUUCCCAACUUCGGCUGCUGCAGGCCUUGGAGAUUGGCUUGGAGGCUUCUUGUAUUCAUCUGGACAGCAGGCUAAUGAAGCUGUUCAGGACCAGCUGUCAGCACUCGAUCAGUGUUACCAGUUUAGUGGUUAUCUUUGGGGCAGGGCUUGUCACCAGCCUGUCCUCUUGUACAUUAAGUGUAUUACCACUUACCCUUGGUUACAUCGGAGCUUUUGGCUCUGGGAAAAGCCGAGCUGAGUUGCAUUCUCAUUGGGCUACCUGUGGCUGCCUUUGUCCUGGCUGUCAUCAUGGGCUUGAAUCUUCUGGAGGACCCAGCAAGAGAGACUUUACUUUUUUCUCUCGCAUCCCCAGUUGGAAGGUUCAAAGUCUCAGCCCUUCCAAGUCCUUUUCUGUGGAACACCGAGGAUCAGCCCAGAUUGAAUUUUAUUACGUCCAUAAUGGAGUUUAUAGUUCUAGUUUCAAACCAAAUUACACAUCAGCGUAGAUAAGAACAACGAACCAAUAAUAAAGUUUGGAGGGAAGAGGUUGCUGCUAAGGGGAGCUUUGAUGAUGGAUUGGGCAUAGACAACCACUUGGAUUGUAUGUUUAGAAUAAUUUCUCUGAAAUAUUAGUUUUAUUUGAUGAUUAUGUAAAUAUUAAGUCUUUGUAUGGAUUUCUUUCAUGUUAAUGCUUUUGGAUGAUAUAAUUAUUAA